GGAAAAGAGAAUGGCGGAUCUGAAAGACGAACGAGGAAAUCCGAUAUAUCUCACGGACGCACACGGGGAGCCAGCUCAGCUCAUGGACGAGUUUGGUAACGCCAUGCAUUUGACAGGUGUGGCAACCACCGUUCCUCACCUGAAGGAGAGCAGCUACACAGGUCCACACCCAAUCACUGCCCCAGUCACCACCACCAAUACUCCUCACCACGCACAACCUAUUUCCGUGUCCCACGACCCUCUUCAAGACCAUGAUCUCCGCUGGUUCGGCACCAGUUCGACGGAGGAGAAUGGCGAAGGAGUAGGGAGGAAAACUAAUAUAACGGAUGAAACAAAAUCGAAGCUAGGCGUCGACAAGCCAUCAGCUGCGACCGUAACAGGAUCAGGAUCAGGAUCGGUUCACGAGAAGAAGGGUUUCUUUAAGAAGAUUAAGGAGAAACUUUCUGGCCACCAUAAUGAUCUUUGAAAGCUUCCAUACGGAUGGUCAUGAUUACUUGUGUAAUCACAAUCAUGUUCUAAUUUCUUGGGAAC